AUGACAAGGACAGAUAUUGACAGAUGCGGUCAAGGAUUAGCAAAGACAUAUGAGACAUUGGCCUUACGGAGUUGUUUAAGGUGGAUAGAUAAGGACUAUUGCGUUACUGUGAAAAAUGGGCAGCGAGAUGGCGUAACAUUGUUUCCCAUGAGCGGACCCUACGGCCUUCGGCCUGUCGCCUUGACAGUGGUGUUGCUGCUGACAGUCGCCGAGGCCAUCGUCGCGGUCCAACCAGGCGACUUACUCAAACAUAGUGCAAGGACUAUUCACAGCAUCUCAAAUAAUGUCGGAUCAUUCGGCAGAGGCGCGUCAAAUGCCGGCGGGCAGCCGUCAUCAGGCGAUGAAGGCCUUCAGGCCGCCUUCAAUUACACCGCGCUCGAGUGCAGCCGAUACGAAAUCACCUACUCUCAAAUUGAACGCGACCUGGAAAUCCACCGCAAGCUGGGCGGCGUCUCGUUGGAAUCCACGCGCUACUUUUCUGCUCGAUACGGCGGCACCGCCAUGCGCGGAGCCACUGUUGGUUUCUUCGGCGGUCGUGCCUUCCUGUUGAGCCCCACAAACGCCUCAGAUCUAGUAGGGGGUCUCGGCCAUCACGGCCACCUCCAUGUUGCCUAUUUAAGAAUGCUGCUGCACGUGGAAGGUUACUUCGGAACGGCCAUACCUGAUGUGGUGUUCGUGCUCACAACCUCAGACACACCCCGAUAUGUCUCACCGCUGGUAGUUAACUCAAGCAGCCCGCGGUCCGAAUGGCCAAAGUACGGCUCAGAGCUCGUACCAGGGCCGUACCCCGUGUGCGGCAUCGGCAAGAGUGACUUUUUCCCUGACCUGCUGCUGGUUCCCAACUUCCAUUUCCACAUGAAACUGUACGACAAGGCGCUCUUGUCCAACCUUCCCAAAUUUGAUGAGAUGCCGUGGAAGGAGCGCAAGCCCGUACUGUUCGGCCGCUUCAGCAUAUCCUCUCGCCUGGAGCAGCUCCUUCCCAUGGGCAGUUUGGUGUUCAAGCAGACAUCUGGCUACUACGCGUAUUACUACAGGAGCCUUCUGAAACAUCGGGUAAACAUUAUCGAGUUCUGGCGGGAUCGUGACGGCGACGGUGACGGCGGCGGGGGCCCCGAGGACGUGUUCACGGAGCUGGACUGGGCGGCUGCGAACGACGAGGCUGCGGCUGCGAUAGCGGCUGAGGGGCAACGCAUUGCGGCCACCUACCUGACGGGGAAUGGCAGGACGUGCUACUGGUACAGCUAUUUUGCGAUGAUUAGCUAUAGCGAGGAUGCGAUUGUUACAGUGGACCCCGAACGGGUCGAGUGCAGCGCCCAUAGGAACGCCUCCCGCACAACACUGUGGGCCUUAUUCAAAAAGAACUCGGCCAGGCCGUACUAACUUCACUGGACACACGGCCUCAGUUAGUACGCUUAAACAAAAAAUUGAGGCUCCGACGUGCGCCCUCAAACUUCGUCAUUGUAUAUCGGUAAACGGCAAGCAACCAUGUCUGCGUCAUUGACAUAUAAGAAAGGGUGAUUGUGAGGUACAUGAUCCCAAUGUUUUGGCAAGUAAUCCCGUGCCGCAAAAGCAGUUAAACGGGCCCAAAAGUCAGAGAUAACCUCGUAUGUAAUGCGGUUAAGCGAUGGCGUUGAUAUAGGCAUGUUGGUCUGGAGACCUUCCUUAAACAACAAACGGCGACCGAGAUUGAGUGAGCUGAUGGCCGCGAGGCAUACAACCUCCCAUACACACGAACAAAUCCAGGUUGGUGGAAUGCCCAACCACAGGUUAGCCCGGUUGAAAAGGUCAGGGAACUCAAGUUCGUUUUGCAGAGCUUCACGAAGAGCCAACGCGACAGUACAAUCCCAGAAAUGAUGCCGACGAUCCCCACAAAGCAUGCGUACACCACAGGGGCACAUAGCAGCCGGGAUACCUCUUUGACGUGCGCC